UUUUCAUGCCACUGCGGUAGGUGGCGGUAUCGCGAUCGUUUCUCAACACAGAGCCGAAGAACGCUUCAGUUUCCCGGAGAGCCUUUAGGGUAACGUGGCCUUACCGGACAGAGAAGCGCCGAGGUUGAUGAGAAGAGGCGCUCCGGACUGACCGUACGGCACACUUUCUGUUUCAGACACACACACACGCUCCCCCAGCAUGGCUGACAUUGAGCAGGGAUCCUCCGCCGCGCUGCCCACCGAAGGCACCCCGCUGCAGGACGCGAACGACACGGACACGCUGAACGGGACCGCCGCUAAGUUCGUGGCCACGGCCGAGGGCACCGCGCUGGCGUACGGCAGCCUGGUGCUCAUGGCCCUCCUGCCCAUUUUCUUCGGCGCGCUGCGCUCCGUCAGCAGCUCCAAAAGCAAGGUUGGUGCUGAGAAUGGUUAUGAAAAUUCCUCAGACAUGCCAGAGACCAUCACCAGCAGAGAUGCUGCUCGGUUCCCCAUCAUUGCCAGCUGCACUCUCUUUGGCCUCUAUCUCUUCUUCAAGAUUUUCUCUCAGGAGUAUAUCAACCUGCUGUUAUCGAUGUACUUUUUCGUGCUGGGGAUUUUAGCUCUGUCACAUACAAUGAGUCCCUUCAUGAACAGAGUUUUCCCUGCCAAUCUGCCCAACAAACAGUACCAGCUCCUCUUCACACAGGGAACAGGAGAGAGCAAAGAAGAAAUAGUCAACUAUGAGUUUGACACCAAGGACCUGAUAUGCCUGGGGAUUAGCAGCGUUGUGGGCGUCUGGUAUGUCCUUAAAAAGCACUGGGUGGCCAAUAACCUGUUUGGCCUGGCCUUUGCUCUAAAUGGAGUGGAACUCCUGCACCUGAAUAACGUCAGCACUGGCUGCAUCCUGCUGGGGGGUCUGUUUGUGUAUGAUGUGUUCUGGGUCUUUGGCACCAAUGUCAUGGUGACUGUUGCGAAGUCAUUUGAAGCCCCAAUUAAAUUGGUUUUCCCACAGGACCUGCUGGAGAGGGGGUUGGAUGCCAGUAACUUUGCCAUGUUGGGUCUGGGGGAUGUUGUCAUUCCAGGCAUCUUCAUUGCUCUGUUGCUCCGCUUUGAUGUCAGUCUGAAGAAAAACUCACGGACGUACUUCUACACCAGCUUCUUUGCCUACAUCUUCGGCCUGGGAUUCACCAUCUUCAUCAUGCACACGUUCAAACAUGCUCAGCCUGCUUUGCUCUACCUGGUCCCAGCCUGCAUAGGAUUCCCAGUGGUGGUGGCCCUGGUGAAAGGAGAGCUGACAGAGAUGUUUAGUUAUGAGUCGUCUGAGGAGGUGUUACCUCACACGCCGCGCCUCACCCACUUCCCCACUGUCUCAGGCUCCCCCGCCAGCCUGGCUAACUCCAUGCAGAGCUCGGCCAGCUCCUCCCCCCGCCGCCGCCGCCACACCCCCUCCAACAUGUAACAGCCACUCCGUCCUUAAUGCCCUGUCUACUGUCACCUGGGCAGGUAUGAGGAAUCUUCACCUGAAUUGGAAGCAGAAAAGACAGAGUCUGAUAAAGACAAAUAAACUAUAAAGGAAAACGACCCCAAAUCACGCCCCCUUCGUUUUUAAAAAAACCACUGCAUUUCCAGAGCCAUGCACCUCUCAGGCUCUGCCAGGAGGGGGGCGCUCUUCAUUACUGCCCAAUGUGUCGUGCUGUGCAUGGAGCAGGCUGAUGUAUUAUGUAACUGGUUUAAUGACGAUGGGUUACUUUUUUUUUUUUCUUUUUGUAGUUUCUAAGUGGUUUGUAAAGCAAGGUGUACAACAGCUUUCUCGGUGCCUACGUAUUUCUUAAUGUUUCAUUUCCAGUUUUGUCUCAUGUUUGCAUAUUUCAUCCAGUUUGCCUUUUGCAUAUAUGUAGUUUUUUUCCCUUUUUUUUAAAUAGAUAUUUUCUCUUUUUGGGCCAGAAUUUUAAAAUACAUUUGAAACAGAAGGACCAGAGUAUUUAUGUUUUAUUCUUAACAAUGAAGACUGAUGAGCCUCUUCACCUUUGUUUGGAUAACCGUGCUGUCUAGCUAUGCCACACAAAUACAUACAGCACAUAAGCUGUUUGAUUUUCAUGUUUCAAGAUUGAAUAAGUAAAGUCCUCUUAGGUUUGUAGUUGAUGGCUGGAACUGAUACCACACUUUGGCUAUGUUAUCUCCUUUUCUCUCAUAACUGGGACCAAAUGACCCGUUAUGCCUAAAUAUACUAUAUACAGUUGUAUGCAGAAGAUUGAGCACCCUGAGGUCAGUUUACAUGUGAACAAGACUAGUGAACACGUCCUCUACAGGGUACAAACUUAAAUAUGACAUUUUUCUGCUAAUAUUGGUGUGCAAUUCCUACUUAUUUGCUGAAUUUAACAUACUGGUCUGUGUACAGUGUGCCAUAACUUGCACAUACCACUUUUUUUUUUUCUUUAAGUUCAGCAAAUAAGCAGUAUUAGGGCAUUAAAAUAUGUUUAUUCUCACUUAGAAAAUCAGUAGAACAUAUUGUUUGACAUGGGGUACCCAAGCUUUUGCAUACAUUGCACAAAAAUGUAGGUCUGUUUCCUUCAGCUGUGAGAGAUAUUUUAAAUUUCUGGCCUUAUCAAAGAUGGCUGAAGACAGUUCUGGGAAUAAAGCUGUCAAAUGUUGUCGGAUUCUGCUGUUCAUAUCCUAAAAAAUGCUUAAAUGUGCAAGAGCAUUUGGUGCAUCUAGUCCCAGAAUGCUGGUGAGAUAUAGUGUUAAAGGAUUGUACAGAGCGGACUCAUUCUGACCCGCACACAGCACACAUCCAUGUCCAUGAAUAUCAUUCUAAGCUUAGAAAAGUGGCAUCAAUUUGCUGUCAGUUCUUGUAUAUUCUUCUGUUUCUCCUGAUGUACCAGUGCAAGUUAAUGGUUAAAGCUUCUUUGCGGAGCACGUCUCUCUCAUUAGUUUUUUUUUUUUUUUUUUAAUUCGCAAUAAAUUGUGGUUUAUACCGCUGUAGAGAAGCAUA